UUGCUUCACCUCAGUCAGGCUCCAGCGCUUCCAGCCGGCAGCAGCAGCGAGCUAACAAGUCUUUGUGAGGAGGGGGGGGAGAAGAAGCAGGUGGGGUUUGGGGGGGGGGUGGGUGGCUUGCAGAGCAGGAGAGCGUCAGACAGCGAGAGAGCUGACACUCUGCUGGCUGCAGAGGCGAGAGGCGAGAGGAGCCCCCGAAAAAGCAAAGAAAGGCAAGCCAAGGAAACAGGAUUUACCAACGCGAAGCGCCCCACGAUGAGUGGCAUCCUGAAGAGGAAGCUGGAGGAGGGACCAUCCCCUUUUCUGUCCCUGCGAGGCUCCGACGACGACGAGGAGGUUUCCUGCAGUGACAGUGGCAACAGCAGCGACAGCCUCAACAAUUCGGUCCCCUCCGAGAUUCUGGACUCCACUCUCCAGCGGCAGUCCAAGCGGCUUCGGAGCCGAAACGUCCACUUUGAGAGCGUGACAGUCUACUACUUCGCCCGACGGCAGGGCUUCACCACUGUGCCCACCCAGGGAGGGAGCACCCUGGGGAUGUCGCCACGUCACAGCGGAGUAAAGCGCUUCACUCUCAGAGAGUUCGCCAUGGAACAGAAACGGAGUCACCGGAACAUGCUGAGGGAUCAUCUCAAAGAGGAGAAACUCAACGCCAUCAAACUCAGACUGACCAAGAAUGGCACCGUGUCGUCCAUGGAGGCAGACACUCUGACCCUGGACGACAUCUCAGAGGACGAUCUGGACGUGGACAACACAGAGGUGGAUGAGUACUUCUUCCUCCAGCCCCUGACCACCCGGAGGCGGCGUGCCCUCCUGCGGGCCUCCGGGGUGCGACGCAUCGAGGUGGAGGAGAAGCACGAGCUGCGGGCGCUGCGCAUGUCCAGAGAGGAGUGCGGCUGUCGCUGCCGGGGGAUAUGCAACCCACAGACCUGUGCUUGCAGCCUGGCCGGCAUUAAGUGCCAGGUAAAUGGAACUGUGGUGGACCGCAUGUCCUUCCCCUGCGGCUGCACCAAGGAGGGCUGCAGCAACGGCGCCGGCCGGCUGGAGUUCAACCCCGUCCGCGUCCGCACCCACUUCCUGCACACCAUCAUGAAGCUGGAGCUGGAGAAGAGCCGCGAGGAGCAGUAUCUCCAUCAGCAGCCCGAGCGGCAGCAGCAGCAGCAGCAGCAGCUUGUAACCAAUGGCAACGGUUACCAUAGCAACUCCACCUUGAUCCAGCAGCAGCAGCAGCAGCCGCCGCCGAGCCUGCAGUCUCCACUGACGAGCGGCACGCCGCACGGCCCCGCCACGCUCCUCCAGAGCACCGGCGACGCCGGCCCCCAUCUGGACGAGGAAGAGGAGGAAGAGGACGAGGAGGAGGAGGACGAGGAGGAGGAGGAGGAAGACGAGGAAGACGAGGCUUACGACGAGGACGGCAGCAGCGUGUGCAGCGGGCUGUCGGACUGCAGCACCCACAGCCUGGAAACCUUCGACCCCGAGGACGGGGAGGAAGACGAGGAGGACGAGGAAGACGAGGAGGAUGACGAGGACGAUGAGGACGAGGAGGACGAGGAGGAGGACUGGGACUGUUCACUGCAGGGACUGAGCCCCCCACCGUACUCUGUUCCACUGCCUUCUGUGCUGAGCUACUCCUCCAGCAGCCCACUGGUGAACCUCAGUCACCCCUUCCACAGCCCCCACCACCCCCCCCACCACCCCCCCGCCAUGCAGCACUACCACAUAGAGAGCCCUGCCAGCAACACGCCCCCUUUCCUCCCAGAAAACGCUCCCAUGCUGCCCUCGGUGGAGUCCGCACUGGAGCGCGACAUGAACACAGACUUCCACAGCCCCGCGGGCCGGCCGGGCGCCCCCCCCCACUUCCCCGAGCCGACGGCACGCCAAAGCCGCUCGCCCCCGGACCCCCGCCAGGUCAAGGCCGCCCCUGCCGAGCGGCCUCGCUCCACACACCUUCAGGAAAAUCCAGACAGCGGUGAGUCACAGACUGAAGCCCCGGCCGGGAAGCAGCAGGAGGAGACCAGAGAGCCCCCCCGGGAGCAAACUGUAUCAGCAGCGGGCGUCUGA